AUGAGACCAGUCACAGCUUCCCGUCCAUCUUUGCCACUAUGGAUGAUUGCACUGAUUGUGUUCGGAGUGUUGGCAAUCCUGGGAAUAACCAUUGGUCUCCUGGUUCAUUUUCUGGCAGUAGAAAACACAACUUACUAUUAUCAAGGUAGCUUUGAAGUGCUGGAUAUCCCAUACAACAGAAAUUAUCAAAGAGAGACAUCACCAGAAAAUAACUAUCUUAGCAAAAUUCUUGAGACUAAGAUGGUUGAUGCAUUUCAAAGUUCUAGCAUUUACAGACAAUAUAUCAAUUCUCAAGUCAUCACACUGGUUCCUCAUAACAACAGUCUAACUGCACAUAUAUGGCUGAUAUUCAAGGCUCCCAGAUCAAUGAAGGAAAACACCAGAAGAAGAAUUGAAAGUGUCUUACAUCAGAUGCUGAGAAACCAUGCAGGCUCUCUGACUACAGAUCCUAAUUCUCUUAGGCUCAAGGAAAUCAGUAAGGUUGAUGCUGAAAAGAUUAUCAACAACCGCUGUGGGACACGAGCAAGGAUGUCAGCUACGUAUGAUAGAAUCAAAGGAGGUUCCAAUGCUCAGAAGGGAGAAUGGCCUUGGCAAGCAACUCUCAAAAAGAAUGGCCGACACUACUGCGGGGCAUCUUUGAUCAGUGAAAGACACCUGGUGACUGCAGCUCACUGCUUUCAAAAGACAAACAAUCCAAAAAACUAUACUGUCAGCUUUGGCACCAGAGUAAAUCCCCCCUAUAUGCAACAUCAUAUUCAACAAAUUAUAGUUCAUGAAGACUACAUCCCGGGUGAACAUCAUGAUGAUAUUGCAAUUAUACAGCUCACCAAAAAAGUCUUAUUCAAGAAUGAUGUACAUCGAGUUUGUCUUCCUGAAGCCACACAGGUUUUUCCACCAGGUGAAGGAGUUGUUGUUACAGGAUGGGGAGCACUUUCAUAUAAUGGUAAAUACCCAGAGGUACUUCAGAAAGCAUCUGUGAAGAUUAUUGACACGAAUACCUGUAAUGCUCAGGAAGGAUAUUAUGGUAUGGUAUUGGACACAAUGCUAUGCGCUGGGUACUUGGAAGGAAAUAUCGAUGCCUGCCAGGGUGAUUCUGGAGGACCACUAGUUCAUCCUAAUUCUCGAAAUAUUUGGUACCUUGUUGGAAUAGUGAGCUGGGGAGAAGAAUGUGGUAAAAUCAAUAAGCCAGGUGUCUACAUGCGAGUGACUGCCUACCGCAACUGGAUUGCCUCCAAGACUGGUAUCUAA